UGCCCUCCCCUCGCUGCUCCCACCCCCUCGCGCCCCAUCCCUGCCCCGGGCUCUGCAGACAUGAGGGUCUUGGCCUGCCUGCUGGCGGCUCUGAUGGGGAUCCAGGCAGUUGAGCGGCUGCGCCUGGCCGAUGGGCCCCACGGGUGCGCGGGCCGCCUGGAGGUGUGGCACGGCGGGCGCUGGGGGACCGUGUGCGACGACGGCUGGGACCUGCGGGACGCGGCGGUGGCCUGCCGGGAGCUGGGCUGCGGGGCCGCGCUGGCUGCCCCCGCGGGCGCCUUCUUCGGGGAGGGCGCCGGGCCCGUGUGGCUGAGCGAGCUGGCCUGCCGGGGCGGCGAGGGGCAGCUGGGCCUGUGCCCCCACCGGGGCUGGAAGGCUCACGUCUGCUCCCACGAGGAGGACGCGGGGGCCGUCUGCGCAGGUCAGCGUGUGGCUAACUCCAGGGACACGGAUGGUCCCCCUUCGAUCCUGGUCGGGGACCCCUGGCCGGGGCUGCCCGGGGAGCUGGGCCCCAGCUCUGAGGAGCCCCCCGUGACGCAUGCGCCCCGCCCGGCUGGGACCCCCCAGAGCAGCCCCCGGAAGAAGAGCCCCCGGCCGCCCAAGCAGGCCAAGCCCACCAGGGCCCCACUGCUGACGGCUGGAGGCCCCCGCCAGGAGCGGCUGCGCCUGGCCGCGGGCCCCCACGGGUGCGCCGGCCGCCUGGAGGUGUGGCACGGCGGGCGCUGGGGGACCGUGUGCGACGACGGCUGGGACCUGCGGGACGCGGCGGUGGCGUGCCGGGAGCUGGGCUGCGGGGGGGCGCUGGCCGCCCCCGGGGGCGCCAGAUUCGGCCCCGGCUCAGGGCCCGUGUGGAUGGACGACGUGGGCUGCGGAGGCGGAGAGCAGGCCCUGCGGGACUGUCCCCGGAGCCCCUGGGGCCGGAGCAACUGUGACCACAGCGAGGACGCGGGGCUGGUCUGCACAGGCCCCGCCCCGCGGCUGCGCCUGGCCGACGGCCCCCACGGGUGCGCGGGCCGCCUGGAGGUGUGGCACGGCGGGCGCUGGGGCUCCGUGUGCGACGACGCCUGGGACCUGCGCGACGCGGCGGUGGCCUGCCGGGAGCUGGGCUGCGGGGGCGCGCUGGCCGCCCCCGGGGGCGCCUUCUUCGGGGAGGGCGCCGGGCCCAUCCUCCUGGACGACCUGCGGUGCCGGGGGAACGAGACGGCGCUGCGGUUCUGCGCGGCCAGGCCCUGGGGCCAGCACGACUGUCACCACCGCGAGGACGCGGGGGCCGUGUGCGACGGGAUGCCUCUCGCCUACGUCCCUCCCACGGCCUCCUCCGCUGGGGGCAGCAACAACUCCAAGUCCAGGAACGACUCGUCCAGGCCCCCGCCCCCCACGGCACACUCCGCCUCGAGGACCGCAGACAUCUCCCCGCCGCUGGCCUCCCCCACGGCCCCUUGGGAGCCUGGGCCGGAAGCUGGCUCCCCCCAGCUGCGGCUGGUGGCCGGGCCCAGCAGGUGCUCAGGCCGGCUGGAGGUGUGGCAUGCCGGGCGCUGGGGCACCGUGUGUGACGACAGCUGGGACCCGCGGGACUCCGCUGUGGUCUGCCGGGAGCUGGGCUGCGGGGGCCCUCGGCGGCCGGACCCCUCGGCGGGCCGCUUCGGCUGGGGCUCCGGCCCCAUCUGGCUGGACGACGUGAGGUGUGUGGGGAGCGAGGCGUCCCUCUUCGAUUGCCCUGCCGCUCCCUGGGGGAAGCACAACUGCGCCCACAAUGAGGACGUUGGCGUCACGUGCACUGGGACCCCCGGCCUGGACUCCAUCUCAGACCCCUUCAGCUGGAGCUGGCUCCCCGGCCUGGGCAGAGACCCGGACGCCUGGCUCCCGGGGGAGCUGGCCACCAAGCCCUCCGCAGGGCCGAGCCCCAGUGUCCCCGAGGAGACCACCAAGGCCCCCGGGAAGAUGCCCAAGAGCACCAAGAAGUGGGUGACCAAGCACCCAAGGCGGCCGACCCCUCCGGCCCCCGGGACGCCGACCGCUAAACACUCCAGGGGCCCGGGCACGCGGGGUCCCCCAGAACUGACCUCCCGGAUCACCGCAGCCCUGGCCACCGAGGCCCCCCACAAGCUGACCUCCCACACCAGCACCACGCCGACCCCCCGAGCCUCCUGGGAGCGGACCUCUAAGACUGUGACAGUGCCGACCGCUCGGGAUCCCGGAGAGGUGGCCCCUGAGGCCACCACCAAGCGGGUCCCUCCGCCCUCUGUGGAGCCGUCAGCCAAGAGCCCAGCAGAAGGCCCCGCAGAGCCAUCCAGAGGCCCAGCCCCCUCCCCCACCGGGGGCUCCCCCGCGGGGUCAGGCCCCUUCCGGGUCCGGCUGGCCGAUGGGCCUGACCGGUGUGCCGGCCGGCUCGAGGUGUGGCACGCCGGACGCUGGGGCACCGUGUGCGACGACGGCUGGGACCUGCGGGACAGCGCCGUGGCCUGCGGGGAGCUGGGCUGUGGACGAGUCCGGCCCCGCGUGGGCAAGACCCACUACGGCCCCGGCACCGGGCCCAUCUGGCUGGAUGACGUGGGCUGCAAAGGGACGGAGGCCUCGCUCAGCGACUGCCCCGCGGGGGCCUGGGGGCAGCACAACUGCGGCCACGAGGAGGACGUGGUGCUGGCCUGCACUGGCCACGCCGACGAGGAGGACUAUCCCGCCUGGACCUGGGACCCCACCUCCGAAGAGGACCUGGCCCAGGGGACGCCCGCCGCAGGGGCGCCUGGACACACUGUCUCCUGGGGCAGCACCCGGAGCCCUGGGGUCCCCUCCCCCGAGAUGAGGCGCCUCCCGGGCCCAGGCGGCGAGGAUAGUUCUGAGUAUUCCUGGACAUGGGGCACGCCUUCAGGAGGGGCCGUGGCCAAGGGGACCCCCACCACAGGCGCGCCUGCACCCACUCUUACCACCGGCACCACCAGGAGCCCCGGUGAACCCUCUCCAGCUCCACGGGUUCGCGGAGACGCAGGUCCUGGGAAGAAACCGGGGCCCGAGCGCCGGCUGCGGCCCACGGCGGCCAGGACGGCGCCCCCCGCCCCUUCCCCGGGCCCCCCCGUGACCGCCCACGCAGCUUCACCCUCCACGGAGGCGCCCUCGCCCCCCGCGGACACUCGGCCGCCCAGCCCAGACCCCGCCUCCGGGGAGAGCGCUGACCUCACCGUGACCCCCGGCCGGCCUGGGUCCACCCUUGAGGCCGCCGUGGGUCCAGCGCUGACCCCUGAGCCUUCUCCCACCCCACCGCCCACCUUGCCCAAAGAACUGACCUCUGACCCCUCUGCACCAGCUGCUGUGACUGGCCUUUCCCCCACCUCAGAGCUGACCCCCGGAUCUGACACAGCUCUGUACCCCAACACAGUCCCAGAACCUUCGGGAUCCCCAGGCCACUCCACAAGCCCUCCCCGCACCAUCCCUCCCUCCACCACGACCCCUCACCCCACCACAACCCCUCACUCCACCACGACCCCUCACCCCACCACAACCCCGCACCCCAUCACGAUCCCUCAUCCCAUCACGACCCCUCAACCCACCACGACCCCUCACCCCACCACGACCCCUCACCCCACCACAACCCCGCACCCAGCCACAGCUUCUCACUCAGCCACAGCCCCUUUCCCCACCACGACCCCUCACCCCCCCACGACCCCUCACCCCUCCACAACCUCUCACUCCACCACAACCACUCACCCCACAUCAACCCCUAAUCCCAUCACAAUCCCUCACCCCACCACGACCCCUCACCACCUCACCACGACCCCUCACCCUACGACCACUACUCACCCCGCCUUGGCUCCUGGCCCUACCUCAACCCCUGUGGUCACCACUGAGUCCCAUUUAGCUUCCUUGCAAACAGAACUCCCCUCCCCCACUCCAGCACCAACAGCCCAGCCCAGCCUGCACCCCCAGUCCACCUUCAUGGGGGCCCCUCAUCCCUCCCCGUCCCACAUAUCGAGCCUAGAGCCCUCUCCAGACUCAGAGUCCAACCCCUCCAGCCCCUCGCCCGCCCCAAGCAUGGACGCCCCAUCCACGGAGGACUUGAAGCCACCCAGAAGCCAGCGCCACGGGCCAGCCCCUCCCCCUCCUCAGACCCCACACGCAGCCUCUGCUCCCACUGUGAGCCCCGACCUCCGCCUGCCCCCCACGGCCCGCCCCUUAGAUCAACCUCCUCCUGACAACCUCACCCCGGGGCCAGUCCCCGGCCAGAGCCCAGGCCCCCUGGGCCCCUGUGAGGCCCCGGUGCCCCCGGUCAGGGUCAUGGCUUGCGAGCCGCCUGCCCUGCUGGAGCUGGUGGCCGCCGUGAGGGACGUGGGCAGCCAGCUGCAGGGGCUGACCCUGGCCCUGGAGCGGGACCAGCGGGAGCGCCACGCCCUGGGCCUGGGGCUGACCCAGCUGGUGGAGGCCGCCCAGGGCCUGGGGCAGCUGAGCGAGGUUGUGAAGAGACUGGCAGAGGCCGCCUGGCCCCCCAGCACAGCUGCCCCAACCACCACCACCCCAGAGGAGGAGGAGAGGCCGCUCCGGGGGGACGUGUGACCCGCCCUGGGACCGGAGGGCGUGAGACGCUCCCAACCGAAAAGGAAACCAAAGUAUCACAUUAAAAACCAGACGUGGGUGACGUUUCUGGGGCUGGAGGAACCCCGGAGAGAUGGAA